AAAAAAAAACCAGGUCACACAAUGUGAAGUUUAAAGGAUUUGGGGGACAAUUGGCCCUAGCCCCUUUACCCUCCACUUAACUAGACACAAGGGUAUUGCGAUAACUAGCUAGUAACCUUUGCUAUGUGUGGAAGUCAUUUAAAGUUGUGAAUCAACCGUUAAAGUUGUUAAAAUUGCACCUGUUAAUGCAUUAGUUCCCUUCUGUCUACUUUAAACAUGUGUAAGUUUUAAAACUGUUUCAUCAUUUAAAGAUAGAUUUAAGUUAAGAUUUUGCCGAUUUAGAAGCAAUUUAGAUUAAAAAAAAAAAAAAAAAAAAAGUUACUUAGGUUCGCUAGGAAGGAUCUCAACAUCAGGGCCUUCCUGAGAGGUCUACUGCUUUAAGAUGGCGGCUGUUUACUAACACAUGUAGUCCUUAAAACAUGUUGGCAAUGCAGCUGUGUCAGUUUUUGCAUCUAAUUCUAUAAUAUGAUAUCUACCGUGUCAUGUGGGCGUAGUUUGUCGGCUAUGGCUACAGUCAGGUAUUAUUGGAGCCACCUAGCAUCGCGGUUGCAACGGCCCCACUCCUGCUCUGCUCUCGUCCCCGCUCCUCCCUCAACCACCUGUCUCCUCCUCCCAAUACUUGGCUGAGAAGUAACAGAGUACAUGAACAGAUAUGGACUAAUCCACGGCAGAACAAGAUCUCGACCCUCUUUUGUUUAGUUUUUGCUUUCCAUAAAAAUAUAUAACUCAUAUCUGCUCUGACUUGGGUCAUUCACAACUAGGAUGGGACUAUAAUUGUUAUUGCUGAGUGAAUUGUGAGACUUAAUAUUCAUCAGCACUUAAAUAAAGCUCACGACAACUUUAUAAAAGGAACUACACUAAGAUACACAAGAAACAGCACAUGAAAAAGUCAUUGUGAAUCCACGCACCUUACCUCCUCCUGCCAAAUGGACACCCAGACUCAGAACUCCUAUGUAGGGACAGGACCACUAUACCGGCUGGCGCACAUGAUGCCCUCCGGUCUAAACAGAAGUAGAACUACAGAGCUCAGUGUGAGCUACUGUAGAACAAAGAAGACGAGAAAGAGGUGGCCUUUGGCUGAACAGAACAUCAACAACUGCAACAACAAUGAUGGCAAAAAAGAUGACAAAAAAGAUGAGAAGAAGGCAGAACCUAAGAAAGAUGACAAGAAAGACGACAAGAAGGAUGAAAAGAAAGAUGACAAGAAAGAUGACAAGAAGGCAGAACCUAAAAAAGACGACAAGAAAGAUGACAAAAAGGAAGAACCAAAGGAAGUCUGGAUCAUGGACCCAGCCACAGAUAUCUACUACUUCUGGUUAUGUGUCAUAUCCAUUCCUGUCUUCUACAAUCUGAUGUUGCUGGUGGCCAGAGCUUGCUUCAAUGAGCUGCAGAAUAACAACACAAUAUUGUGGACUGUGUUGGACUACAGUUCAGACGCGCUCUACCUCUUGGACACAUUUGUAAGAGCUAGAACAGGUUUCUUGGAGCAAGGACUGCUCAUACGAGAGGAGAAGGUUUUAAGGGAAAAGUACAUGAAAACAAGGCAAUUUCAACUAGACAUCAUAUCCAUGAUUCCCACCGAUAUUGUAUUCAUCAAAAUUGGACUGAAUAAUCCCGAGUGGAGGUUCAAUCGUCUCUUCAGGUUGGCUCGACUCUUUGAAUUCUUCGACCGAACCGAGACUCGUACCAAUUUCCCAAACAUUUUUCGGAUUGGUAAUCUUGUACUUUACAUCAUCAUCAUUAUCCAUUGGAAUGCUUGCAUCUAUUUUGCCAUCUCCAAGAUUCUGGGCUUCGGUUCAGACACGUGGGUUUAUCCAGCAACAAGGAAUGCUGAAUUUCAACAGCUUACCCGGCAGUACAUUUACUGCUUCUACUGGUCCACACUGACCUUGACCACUAUUGGCGAGACACCGCCCCCAGUUCGUGAUAUUGAGUAUUUCUUUGUAGUGGCCGACUUUCUCACCGGGGUCUUGAUCUUUGCUACAAUUGUAGGCAAUGUCGGUGCCAUGAUAUCCAACAUGAGUGCUGCUCGAGUAGAGUUCCAAGCCAAAAUUGAUUCAAUUAAGCAGUACAUGCAGUUCCGGAAGGUGACCAAAGAUCUUGAAGCCCGAGUGGUCAAAUGGUUUGAUUACCUGUGGACGGAGGAGAAAACGUGUGAUGAAAAACAGGUGCUCAAGAACCUUCCAGAUAAGCUCAAGGCUGAGAUCGCCAUCAAUGUUCAUCUGGAAACUUUGAGGAAAGUGCGAAUUUUUCAAGACUGUGAAGCGGGUUUGCUUGUGGAGCUGGUCCUCAAACUUCAACCCCAAGUCUUUAGUCCCGGUGACUAUAUCUGCAAGAAGGGCGACAUUGGGAGAGAAAUGUACAUCAUCAAAGAAGGGAAGUUAGCCGUCGUGGCAGAUGACGGGGUCACCCAGUUCGUGGUCCUCAGUGAUGGAGCCUAUUUUGGUGAAAUUAGUAUUUUAGGCAUCAAGGGGAGUAAGGCGGGGAAUCGAAGAACAGCCAACAUCCGAAGCGUGGGCUACUCCGACCUGUUUGCCUUAUCCAAGGAUGACCUAAUGGAGGCGCUCACGGAGUACCCUGAUGCUAAGAAUGCACUGGAGGAGAAGGGCCGCGCAAUCCUGAUGAAGGACAACCUCAUUGAUGAGUCACUUGUCACAGCAACAGACGCCAAAGACUUUGAGGCAAAAGUGAAUGCAGUCGAGGCCAGCCUGGAGGUCAUGACGACCAAACUGAAGAAGUUGACAGAACAUCAUGAAUCAUCCCAGCGCAAGCUCAAACAGAGGCUCACUAAUUUGACAAACCAGGUCCGAACCCUCACAGUAACUGACGAGUAGCGAGGGCUCAAGGCUUUCUCAAUUUACCGACUGCUCUUCAGGCAGACUGUUAGUUCCAUCAAUGGCUCAUGUUUAUAAUAAAGGCUUUACAUUCUUUUCAUGCAUCUCAACAUCAUAACUGACAUAAUAAUAUUUGGGAGCAUAAGUAUGUUGCGAAACCUAAUGGUCACGAUUGCUCUUUAAAACUCGGGGAAAAAAACCCCACUGUAUUAUAUAUUCAUUCAUUCAUUUGGAGUUUUCAAUCAGCCUACCAUGCAGUUAAGUUGGUUUUCUCCUGGUACUCCUGUUUCCUCCCACAUUCCAAAGCAUGCGUUGUUGGCUGAUUGAGAACUCCAAAUGUAUUUAAGUGUGUACAUGAUUGGUUGAUUGUCUUAUUGUGCCCUGCCUACUGUUGUCUGGUUAGGCUUCAGCACCCCAGUUACCCUAAUGAGGAUAAGUGGCAUGGAAGAUCAGUGAAUUAAAAAAUGACUGCUCAAUGAAUAUUUUUGAUAAACCCAAGAAUAAUAUGAAAAAAAUUGCUAACAUGACUGUUCUCGAUAUAACCUGUACAAUUCUAUUAAAAGUUAUGAAAUCUCUUGAGACGUGAAGUAAAAAGAUUUUUUUUUAAAUAUUUGUAGGAUUUCAUUACACCAUAAAGCAUUUUCCACAAAUUAAUUUAACAAAUAGAGCCAAUCUUGAAUGCUUUUCUUCUUAAGGCCUUCUCUCUCCACAGCUCCAAGACGUAAAAGACGGGAUGAUGUUGUCACGCGUAUUAAACAGUAUCUAUCUGAAAUUCCGGACGUUCAUUACUUUUGCAAAGUUAUUGUUGUCCCAUGUUUUCUCCGCUAGAUUAUUUUCUUCACUUUAUAUAAUUGUUCAAAUCGGAUGCCGAAAAUGUUGGGUGACCCUACAAAUUGUGACCAAAACUGAAUACAAUGAUGUGAAGUUCCAUAUUUCAACAUUUUAUUAAGAAUUUAACAUAGGUGACAGGUCCAAAGUUUAAACUGAGAAAAUAUUUUUGAGGGGAAAACAUCCAUCUACCGCUUAUCCAUGGUCGUGUCACAGGGGCAGCAGCUUCAGGAAGGAAGCCCUAACUGCAUCCAGCUCUUCCAGGGGGAUCCUGAGCAGUUCCAAGGCCAACAGUCAGAACAGUCUUGCCAGCGUGUCCCUGGGGCCUCUUCCCAGUAGGACGUGCCCAGAACUCUUUACCAGCGUCCAAAUGACAUCUUAAUCAGAUGCCCAAGCCACCUCGUCUGGCCUCUCUCGAUGCGAAGGAGCAGUGGUUCUACUCUGAGACUGUUCCAGCUAAGAGAGAUUCUCAUCCUCUAAGGGAGAGCCUGGACACUAUGUAGAGGAACCACAUUUCAUCCGCUUGUUUUUUCGGUCAUGACUCAUAUAGAAAUUCAGGGAUAUAUGCAUUUACUUACAAGAAUUUUCAAAUUAAAAAACUCUUUGUGAUGGCCACCAUAUUGGAUUUUGUAUCCAUACACAAUAGCGUUACUUUACAUUCAAAUAAUCAGGCAAUUUUCAACUGCCCGUUUUUUGGCAAAAAACUAGUAAUUUACACUUUUCUACAUCCAUAAAAAACUAAAUUUGGCUUUUGCGUGUUUUACUUUAUGUAACAUUUCAAUCUAAAAACGACGAGGGCCAAAUAGCCAGGGAGACAUGCUGAGGCAAUAGUGUCAUCGGAAUUCAACCUAAAUACAUUGUGAAUGUACAUAGAAAAAUGCAAAAUUUGCUUUUGUUGAGUGAAACUCAUGUGAUUCUGCAUGCCUUUCUCAAGUAUUAAGUUUUUGAUGUGAAAAUUGAGUGAUUCAUUAGCUGUUGAAAAGUUUGAAAACUUAUGUCAAAAUUGCACAAAACUUAUGUGUUAUAUACCUGUAUAUUGAUAUUGAUCCUGAAAAUACAUGUAAUUAUCUCAGCAAGUGGUGAUUUUUUUUGCAUCAGAGUAAAAUCUGAGAAUUUUAUAGCCUUUUUAAGUUCCGUUAUACUUAUAUAAAAAAAAAAGUUUAUUCGGGAAUGACUGAAUUUUUUGAUGCCGCUGCUCAUGGAGACUCAUAAAUGCCUAAGGGAGGUGUCAGUUUUGAUUUUAGGUCGGCCCCCUACAGAGCGGCCCCGCACCCCGUCAACUGAUAGUGAUGUCUAUGUCCCAUCUUCUUCAAAGACCAGGGAUGCAAUUCUGAGGCCACCAAAAUGGACCCCCUCAACGGCUCAGUUGCACCUGGAUAACCUGGCCAUAAAAGUUUUGAAAAGGAUCAGAAAAAUGUUGAUGCUAAAUUCCAUGGUGUCAACAAAUCUGCCAGAAUGUUGGAAGAAGGCAUUUUUUAUCAAUGUGAGGGAUUCUUUCUUCUUACAACAGUCUGCUAAUGUCUGGGGAUUGAGGAGACAAGUUUUAAAUUUAGAAAUCUUAAAUAUUCUUUAUAUUCUUUGUUGCGCCUUCCUCUUUAUAUUGUGCCAAAUGUUUUCUAUAGGUGAAAGGUCUGGAUAGCCAUUUAAAAACUGAUCCUCUUCCUGCACAAUCAGGAAGUAGUAAUUAAUGCUGUGUGGGGUCUUGAAUUAUCAUGUUGAAAAAUGCAAGUUCUUCUGUGGACGAGAUGAUGUCAGGAUGUGAGCAUAUGUUGUUCUUUAUAUGCACCUCUAAUGACCUUUAUAUGCCUUUCCAGAUGUGCAAGGUGCCCUUCCCACAUCACUUAUGCAACCCCAUACUAUCACAGAUAGAAGAUUCUGAAUUGAGUGCUGAUAACUACUUGAGUUGUCCUUGUCCUUUAGUCCGAAUAACAUGGCAUCUGAGUUUCCUAUAUAGAACUUGUAAUCUUGUGAACCACAACACAGCUUUUUCACUUUGCCAUACUAAAUUUUAAAUGACCCCUGACCCAGAGAAAACACCUGCACUUUUGAGCACUGUUUAGAAAUGGCUUCUUCUUUGCACUGCAGUUUCAGCUUGGAGGUCCCAAGAUCACGGACAUCCAAUAUGGUUUCUAGGCCUUGACCCUUACACAAAGAGCUUGUUCCAGAUUCCACGAACCUUUGGAUGUUAUGCAUUGUAGAUAACUUCAAACUCUUCACAAUUUUUCGCUGGAAAACACCUGAGAUUGCUCCACUAUCUUUCUGCACAAAAUUGGGGCAAUUGGUUAUACUCUAUCCAUCUUGGCUUCUGAGAGAUACUGCCACUCUGAGUUUUUUUUAUACUGAAUCAUGUUGGACCUAAUUAGUGGUAAUUGUUCUUUAAGCUGUUAGUUAUAUGUACAGUGC